ACUUUCUGGGCGGAGUGAGUACUUUGUGCAGAAUGUGGAUCUGCAGGUUUCUGCUCAGACCGGAUCAGCAGGAGAGGAUCUGAGUACUCUCCAUCUCAACGAUGCAGUACUUCAGUACUCUCUGACCCAGGUGUGUGUACUGUGUGUUCUGUGUGUUCUGUGUGUGUGGUUGGGUCAGUGAAGGCAACAUGGCGGUGAAUCUGAGCAGAAACGGACCUGCUCUGAUGGAGGCUUACAAACAGGUGGUGGACGGGAAGGUGGACACUAACUGGGCUCUGUUUACUUAUGAAGGAAACUCUAAUGAGAUCCGUCUGGCUGAACAGGGAGACGGGGGUCUGGAGGAGAUGGUGGAGGAGUUGAACAGCGGGAAGGUGAUGUACGCUUUCUGUCGAGUCCAAGACCCCAACUCAGGCCUGCCCAAAUAUGUCCUGAUAAACUGGACAGGCGAAGGUGUGAAGGACUCUCGUAAAGGAGUGUGUGCGAACCAUGUUUGCUCCAUGGCCACCUUCUUGAGGGGGGCUCACGUCACUAUAAACGCUCGAUCAGAGGACGACGUGGAGCCGGACAGCAUCCUGCAGAAAGUGUCUCGAGCGUCCGGAGCCAGUUUUAAUUUCCACAAAAACACCGAGAGCAGAGACGCUCCCCGAGGGCCGGUGGGCUCUGUGUAUCGUAAGACCAACGCUGUGGAGGAAAUCCUGAAGACCAAAAAGGACGACUUCUGGACUCAGACUGAGAGGGAGGAGGAGGUGAGCAGACGGCAGGAGGGCGAGCGAGCGGGGAGGGAGAGAGAGAGGCUGAAGGGGGCGGGACAUCAAAGCGGUUGA